GGAAAAGAUGGAGGAGGAGGAAGGAGAUGAGGAAGGAGAUAAGGAAGGAGAUAAGGAAGACAGCGAGGAAAGAUAUGAGGAAGACAAGAGACCUCUAAUGAUGAAGAGUGAGAGUAUGGAUGAGGACUGGGUCAAAGGUCAAUUCAAUGACCCAGACCUCUUCUCCAGCCUCACGUUUCUCAAAUUGGUUGAAGACUCUCCAUGUCCUCUUCCUACCUCCACACACAGCCCCCUCUUCCCUCUGGCCUCGUACUCCUCCUCAUCCUCCUCUCCGGUGAUGAAGGAGUGUGCUGGGAUGUGGACAGACUGUGGUGUAGUCACUCCAGGUGAUGAUGAUGAUGAUGAUGAUGACUCAGGAUGGACUGACCUGUCUGAGGAGUGUACCCCACCGCUGUACCCCGACUUCUGCAGUGAUCCGGGCUGUUCGGCAGAGGCAGAGCUUCCUCCAGGAUGGAAGAGGAUCACAGACAAGGCUGGUAUCUACUACUGGCAUAUUCCUAGUGGAGCCACUCAGUGGGAGAUGCCAGCACCCAGACACCCUUCACCCAGAGACGAUGGCUCCACCUCCCCAGUACCAGACACACUGCCAGAAUACCAGGGUGAGUUGUACGAAGGAUUGUCUCCCCGGUCUGGCAGCACCACCUCUGACAGUUUGCUGGAGCCCCUCCCACUCUCCGCCCACUCCAGUCUUCCCUCAGGCGGAUUCGUUAACAGCUGCUACUUUCCUCGCUCUUCCUCUGUAGAGGUUGAACCUGGCCAUUCUGAACCUCAUAUCGAAGAUGAUGACAAGAAGCAGGUGUGUGGUGAUAUUGGACCUGUAAAUGGAAGAAAGAUUGACAGUGAGGUUUGGAAGGAUCUAGAGGCUGCCAUAGUCAACCCUGACCCCAGCCUGAAGGAGUUUGAGGGAGCUACACUCCGAUACGCAUCGCUAAAACUACGGACUCCUCUGCUUUUGGAAGAGGACCCUAACAGUGUUAACAGAAACCCGGAGGCCAAGUGUUUUGCUGUGCGGUCUCUGGGCUGGGUUGAGAUGGCAGAAGAGGAUCUGUCGCCAGGGAAGAGUAGUGUUGCCGUUAACAACUGUAUCCGACAGCUGUCCUACUGUAAGAAUGACAUCAGAGACUCUAUUGGCAUCUGGGGAGAGGGUAAGGACAUGUUUCUGGUGCUGGAAAACAACAUGUUGAAUCUGGUUGAUCCAAUGGACCACAGCACUCUUCACUCUCAGCCAAUAGCAAGCAUCCGUGUCUGGGGCGUUGGUCGUGACAAUGGCAGAGAAAGGGACUUUGCGUAUGUGGCCCGGGAUAAGGACACGAGGGUUUUGAAGUGUCAUGUGUUCCGUUGUGACACUCCAGCAAAAGCAAUCGCUACCAGUUUGCAUCUAAUCUGCUCUAAGAUCAUGUCAGAGCGUAAGCAUGCUAAAGCUUUGUCCAAAGGCAUGGCGCUCCAGGACAGAAUGCAGUCAGGACCAGACUUACCACUACAAGAGUUCCCUACUCCAAAGACAGAGUUGGUUCAGAGGUUCCAGCUUCUCUAUCUAGGUGUGAUGCCUGUGGUCCGACCGGUUGGCAUGGACAUAGUGAACAGUGCGGUCGACAGUUUGAUUGGUGCGUCCAGCAGAGAGGCGUGGACAGCUGUGAACCUCAACGUGGCGGACGCUACUCUUACCGUUAGCAGCCUGCAGGAGGAGCAGAAGGAGGAGGUAGAGGAGGAGGUGCUGGUGGAGUGCAGAGUGCGGUUCCUGUCGUUCAUGGGUAUAGGGAGGGACGUCCACACCUUUGCCUUCAUCAUGGAUGGAGGGAGACGUCACUACGACUGCCACGUGUUCUGGUGUGAACCAAACGCCGGCCAGGUGUCGGAAGCCGUCCAGGCAGCCUGCAUGUUGAGAUAUCAGAAGUGUCUGGUGGCCCGCCCUCCAUCCCAGAGACUCCUCCCCUCCUGCAGCUGUGGCUCCUCCUCUCCACGUGGCUGUAACCAUGGUAAUGGUGUUGUGGGAGGAGACUCUGUGUCCCGGCGUGUCUCUACCAGUGUGAAGAGAGGCGUUCUCUCCCUCAUAGACACCCUCAAACAGAAGAGGCCACCGCCCACAGCCAGUGACACGACACAGUAACCAACGGAAACCAACGUGACUGUGACCGCACACCCUAUUUUAACUAGGGGAACCAAUAACAUGACAAUGCUACACCCACGUUACCAUGGAAACAACAACUCUAGCCCAGUAAAGUCAUGCCCCCCCCCCUUUCACAGGGAACCACCUCCAGCCUGAACAACUAACAAGCAUGACAUAGCAGGAUGAUGGAGAGAGAAUAAGAAUGUGAACUUUCACCUAAUGUUCCUUGCUUGUCUGUCUCUGUCUUCACGGUGUGCAUGAAGUCUUUACAUCCACAUGGACCUCCCAACCUGCCCUGUUGUCUCUCAUGACCCCCCCAAACCCCCCUAGUCAGUAAUGACCCCCCAACUCUCCUCUAGUCUCCAAUCCGCCCCGUAGUCACUAAUGACCCCAUGGUACUAUAAGUUAUCCCUGCUGUCCUGGCUUUAAUCCGAAUCUGGCUGUAUCUUCUUCCUCAUUUAAAAGGCAUUCAUUCACCGUCCUCCUCUAUAAGGGCUAGUAAUCAAUACUGUCAGUCUGAGCUCUGGGAAAGAGUGUGGGUUAUACUGGCUUAUUUAAAGAUCAGUCAGUUGUUUAGAUCCAAACACAUCCAUUAUGUUAAUCGUUUCUGAGUUGACUUCCACCUGAUCUCUGUGCCAUAAUCAACUAGUCUGGACAGGACAGUCUAAACGAGAGGUGAUCUUUCACCCGGAACAAGUUUGUGCCACUUCCGGUUUUUGGAGAAAAUCAGGAGGACCGAAUGGUUUUAUAUUUGAAUGUUUUUUGUUGUUGCCUCUCUUCUUCGCCCAUUUCUUCUCUGUCUUCGAUACGUUACUCUGGCCUGUUCAUGUCAGUGUUGGUCCUCCAGGAGUGCAUUUCUGGAGUGUGGAAAAGAAGAAGAACCUUAUGACUGUUGAGAUGGAUGCCCUGCCUGUCCCUUCAACCAAGACUUCUGUUGCAGUAGGAAGAUACUGUGUAAUCGAGCAGUGUGUGUGUGUGUGUGUGUGUGUGUCUUGCAUUUAUCACCUGUAUAAGCUAUCUUUAUUUUCUGAUGCAUGUUUAUUGUAGCUAGGUCCCAGAAGACAGCUGGUGCCUAAGGUAAAAAGGUCUAAUUUGGGACACAGUAUUGUUUUGAUUAGAGGUCUGUCUAUCCUAAACACCCCAUAAUGAUAAUGGGUCAGACGGUCUGUCUAUCCUAAACACCCCAUAAUGAUAAACGUCAAUGUGUUGGAGAUAACUUAAAGCAGAGAACCAUUAUGAAAGUGGAGAAAUGCAGAAACAUUCAAAUUAUUCUAUUAAUAUUAGACCAAGUAUUUUCAAUCGGUUUAAUUGAUGGAUGUUAUCAAUGCAUUCUGUGGGCCCGUGGUUCAUAUCACCAGUCAACAGAGUGACACAUCUGGUAGCCUUGCAUGCCCUUGGACAGAAAGUUAUAUUUUAUUUAUUCUAUUUUAUAACAGUAUAUUAUAUCUAGAUGGUAUUACAACACUCACAAUCACUCUUCACUCACCAGUAGAACUCCAUGGAUUCAAGUCAAAUUGUGUCCUAUUCCCUAUACUGUCCCAUGAGUCUAAAGUAGUGUACUAUAUAAGGAAUAGGGUGUCAUCUCUCCAUAGGGCUCUGGUUAAAGUAGUGUACUAUAUAAGGAAUAGGGUGUCAU